CGUUCUUCUUCUUCUUCUCCCUCCAUCUGCGGAGCUUUUAUAUGAUGUUUAUGUAUUUCAACGCCUCCUUUUAACAAAUUAAGCACAGAGAAAUCAGAUAUCUACGUCUAUGCCAUGUGAAACAUGUCUUGGUCACCGAGCUUCCUAUUCCCUCCUUAAUUUCCUCACUCACUCUCGCUAUUCAUUUCUAAAUCUUCAAUACCAAUAAUUUUGGCUGCGGGCCAGCUACCAUUUCCAUUUCAGUACUGCUCCCUCGAAGCUUCAAUUCACUCAGAGUCCCUCUCUCUCUCUCUCUGUGUACCCAGUAGGUCUUUUCAGAACCUACUCAACCGUCUCCUAUAUAUUUAAUUUAUUCCUUCUUGCCUGGUUUUUUAAUCUCCCCACUCCCUCACUUGUUACUCAUUCAUGCAUCCGCUAUUAUUGCAUUCAAUCCCUUUCUGAUUUAUAAUUCAAUGCCAAUCUAACUCCAUACCUGUUUCAUCUAUAUGAGUACUGACAGAAUUAAGGUGCUUUUUUACCUUCACUUCACUUGAACUGAAUUGAAGUCUAUUAUUCAUUUGCUGUCAAUUGCCGUCCAUUAUGCCUGUUUUGUGUUUAGCUCCCAUUCUUUAAUCUCUGUGCUCCUACAACUCACCGUGUUUAGUUGGAGGGGGAAUAUACACUAACAAAUCAUAGAGCUGCAUGCCAUUGGGUAUAUGACUGGUUUAUAUUGUGUAGGAUGUUGUUAUUCUUAUGUUUGAAACCUAUAACAUUGAUAGACACCAAAUUAAACCGAAAUGGGGUGUGCUAGUUCUCUAUAUGCUGCUGUUGGAACAAAGAAGAAGUUGUCUAUCCCUGAAGUUGUCGUCUUCGUCCCAUCCACUCACAUUCCUGCACAAUCUGAUCUUCAAAAGCGGCUUAGAGGCCUAAUUCCAAAAGAUAUUGCUGACAGAUUGUCUUCGCUUCGUAAUCAGAUUGUCUUUGUGGCAGAGGACACUGAUGGAUCUGCUAUACCUGAACUCCGCCGAGGGCUGGAGGAAUACUUGUCUCUUUUAAUUGGCCUCACUAAAAAAGAAUAUGGUCUUGAGGGAUUGGUUGAAUUCAAGUGGAGAAGUUUAGCGGGUGGGAAACAACAGCAGGAAGCCUCCUCCUCAUGUAUAGCAAACUCUUGGUUUGAAGUACUGUCUGUUGUUCACAUGAUGGCUAUGCUUGCGUUGUCGGAAGCUGACACAUUGAUGAUUCCAAAGGACCAUUCUGGCUCUAGUAUAAGGACUGUAUCUUCAGAUUGCAAGAGGGAAGCUGUGGACUUAUUGCUUAAGGCAACAGGGUAUUUGGAAUUCUGUGUCCGGGAUGUACUGGUUCAUAUACCACCGGAAAUCAAGAAAAAUUUUCCGAAAGAUUUGCAGGAUGGUGUGUUGGAGGCCAUUUCCUUUCAAACUCUUGGCCAGGGAACUGAAAUUCAGCUUGGUUUAGCUGUUGACUGUCAGAAGGCUACUUUAUCAGUUAAAAGAAGAUUGGCCUGUGAACAAUUGAGCUAUUUCAGCCAGGCUUAUCACUGCUUGUCAGGAUAUGAUCACAUCAACAACGGGUAUGGAAAGAAGCAUAUGUGGUUCAUCAAAUGGAAAUUUCUGGAGUCAAAGGCUGCAGCUUACUACUUCCAUGGUCUAAUGGUUGACAAGGGUAAUGAACCUUCAUGCCAUGUUAGCGCUGUAUGUUGUUUUCUUGCCGCAGAAGAAAUUCUAUCAGAGAGCAAGAAAGCUUGCUUUACCUUUUGCCUUUUAGCUCCAGUUACCAGGGCUGCUCCACUGUGGGGAGCUAUGAAGCAUUUGCAUCAGAAAAUCCCUGUAGUUGCAGCAAGGAAAUCCCAGAUGUAUGGCUACCUCUUAGAACAAGACAAAGUUCUUCAAGCAUUGCCUGACCUACCAGAAUUUCAACUGUCAUUAAGACCUGAUGACUAUCAACUACCUGAAAUCGACCCAGCUUGGGAGUCGGAAAAAUGGGAAACUCAAAGCCAGAGCUUAAAAGAGCACCUAGAUGAUAGUGAUGACAACGAUGAGACUGAAACUGAGUAGUGAUAUAUAGAUAAUUUUGGUGCACUGGACUUGUUUGUUCGUAAUUUAUUUUCUUAUACAAGAUCUAAUGUAUCCAUCACUGCUACAGCUUAACCAUAUAUCUCCAUGUCUGUAUAUGUAUAUCUUUUACAACUCUUGUACUGUCUUGUCUGGUUUUAUUUAUAUAUGAUCAUCGAUCAGUCAUCGAUCACUUUUAUA